AUGCCCAUCUCCCAGUCCCGCAUCGUCAGCGUCCUCGCCAACGUCUCUGGCAUCGUCCCCACCGCCUUUGGCGUGAACUGCCUCCUCCGACCCGAACAUGCACUGGGCUUCUUCUAUUUUCAGAAUCUCCGCACGCCGGGCGAUGAGCAACUCGUCACAUAUCUCAUGAUCGUCUACGGGGUGAGAGACAUCUUCAUGGGUGUCGCCAUCUGGGUGGCGCUCUACUUUGGGGCGCGCAAGGCAGCAGGCGGUAUACUCGUCGCCAUCAGCGCGGUGGCCGUGGCCGACGGUAUGGUGUGUAAGAUGAAUGGAUUUGGUGAAUGGGAUCACUGGGGGUACGCGCCCAUGGUGUGUGGGUUGGGACUGGUUGCCAUGGGCGUUCUUGAUUGA